GUUACGAACGACUUCCCCUUUUACAUUCGUAAAAAGGAGAAAAAGUAAUUGUGUUUGUAAUGUUUCCGGCAAAGAAUUCAGGCUUUUGUAGCGCGACCUUUUAAUUGUGAAGUGUCUCGUCGAGAAAUAUUGACAGAUAGAAGCAGAUCAUGUUUAAAUGCCAUGUGAUGAGCAGUUUAAUUUACUAUGUCUGCAAGACGUUUCUAUGUUCAACUGAAUAGUGGAGCGCCUUGGGGAUUUCGCCUGAAAGGGGGGAAAGGAAGCGAUUCACCUCUAGUGAUAGCUAUGGUUAAUUCAAAAGGUCGACAGCAAGGAUUGAGAGAAGGUGACCGAGUGGUUUCCCUCAAUGGGAAAUCCACCGCUGACAUGACGCACGUUGAGGCCCGGCGGGAAAUUAGAGAGUCUGAUAGAAGCCUCGAAUUGCAGAUUGAAAGGUGUACACCUAGCAAAAAAAUGAAUGGAAUGCGUCCCGUUGACGAUUGUGAUAUUUCUCAAAGUGGUUGCCUCAGCUUACCAGUUACGAGUGCCGAAGAUGAAGCCAAUAAUCCAAAUUCCUGGUCCACCGAUUCCACGAGUACUGGAUCAACAACAAUUCAUGUCGGCCAGAACAACUCAGAAGAAACUAACUCCUCAGAAGAAGGUAUACAUUUAUAUUUUGUCAAAUUAUGUGCAAUAUUUCAAUUCAUGGAAUUAUGGAAAGUAUGGAGACUUCGUUUAGAAAGACUUACACCGUAUAGUGUAGUCGUACAAGGUUUCCCAAACUCUAUAGCCAGCGAAGCCCUUUCAUAG